CAAACGCAAUCCUCUACCUGUUGUUCGAGGAGAGGAGAGCUAUUGCGAAGGAUGGAAGCAUUUGAGAAGCUGGAAAAGGUGCAAAAGAUGCUAUCCUUCAUGAAAUCCAAUGGCCUCUCUUCAAACCACCAAGAUUCCGAUCGCUUCCUCGCCCAUUUCCUUCUCUUCUUGAUUCAACCGUGCGGCAUACUCAACAUGGAGAAGAGGUGUCGCUUGAUUUCUGAAAAUCUAUCAAAGAUUUCAGCUGCAGGUCUUGAGGAAGCACUACUUUGGUUUACUGUGGAAGAUUCCCAACAAACCUUCGCUGAGCUUCCUUCCCAACUGGAUCCUGAUAAUGAAAGCAAUCUUUGCCCAUUGAGUCCAAAUGCAGAAGACAUGGCUGUGAUUGGACUUGAUGCAAUGCAGCGAGCAAAUUCUACCCUUGAGGAUUUUGUGAGUAAAUCCUCAUUCUUUAACUGUGGACACUGCAGGUCUUAUUUUAUGUUCCAUGGAAUGGAUGUGAAUGAACCACAACCAGUAUUUAAAUUCCUCCCUGUGCUUUCUUUCACAGAGAGCUACAUUUAUCAGCUAGACAGUUUCAAUGAAGAAAUUCUGUGCUUAUCGGUGGAUUGUGGUGCCCCAGAAAGAGACCCUGACUCUUCACAUGCUGGUUAUAAGGAGCAUAAUUGGAGGGUGUCAAGAAAGUUCCUGGAUGCUUUUAGAACUGAUCCAUUUAGAUCUCUUGUUCUUCAACUAGAGCAUCUUGGACUGUUGACAGAGCGAAUAAGAACAGAACUCAGAUUUGGAGCUGAAUAUUGGGCCUUAGAAAGGAAGCUUUGUCAUGCACUGAUCAAUAAAAAGGAGAUUUUGAUUGAAGAUGUGAUGAGAGCAAUUCAUCUGAAAUCCUUUGACUAUCGUGUUUUGAAUCUUUUGCUAUAUCGGUUGAGAGAACAACAGGUCAAUGACUUGCAUAUGGAGUUUCUAUCAAUCUCAGAGUUCCUAGUUGAGGUAUCGGAUGACUUGUUUGAUUACGAGGAUGAUGUGAUAGAGAAUAAUUUCAAUAUUUUACGGAUGUUUGUUGCAAUAUAUGGAGCUUCAAUGGCACCACGAAUGUUGGCAAAAUGCAUUUCUGAGGCUGAAGAAAAGUACGAAAGCCUAUUGGAGGCUUUGGAUCCUGACCUCUCUUCAAAGUACAAAAGAAGAUGUGAAGAAGCUACAAAAGAAGGAGGAAAGGUAUCAGGGCAUGCUUUUGGAACUUGGAGUAUACCCCCUCUGAUUGCAGAUGAGGAAUCUUACCGCUCUGGCAUCUUACCCUCCAAAGCAACGGUACCUCCAGAUUGAUUUGAAUGAUUUCACUGUUUCUUCCUUACAUGAAUGGCUUGAGUGGUUUCCCUGAUGCUUAUUGACUAAUCUAUUCCAUGCAACUCACACAAGUUGAGUGAUUAAAGUUUUUUGAGGAACA